AUGCUCAAGAAUAUCGUAAUCAUCGGGGUCUAUAAAAUCACCAUAGGUAGGGACAUAACUGGCCUCCGGCACAAUGAGGUUCGAAUGUUGACGAUUGCAUGCCUGAACGUAUGUAGCUGCGAAGAAGCGCUGCUGUUAUUGUGGGAGAUGUGGCUGACGCAGAAGAAGAAGAGCCUUCAACAGCUGGCCAAGAAGCUCAGCCUGGACACGCAGGAGAAGGAGAAGACCCCAGUAUCUGCCUCUAACAACCUACUGGGUCUCUUCACGCUAAACCGAAAGAGCGCCAUCCUCAACCUACCAUAUAGGGACCUGAAAGUGUCACUCCAGCGGGAUCCUAGCGGCGGGCCCCACCUCCCGACGGUGGAAUUCCACUACAGAUUCAUGAAGAAGCACCUCGGCCUCACACUGAUGUAUGAACACACCUUCAUCCUGCCUGAGAUCAUCUACGACCCAUCUCUAAUCCUCAGCCCACAUAACUUUCUCUUUGGCAUCCUGUUCUUCUUCGGUGCCUUCAAGGCCACCAACCUCAUCUCGAUGGAGCAGCUCAGGGGACUGACGAUCGGGGGCGGCCGACAGCAGAAACCGAUCCCGCUGAAGCCAGAGAUGGCCGACCACUACGUCUUCUGCAAGGUGACGAAGGAGGGAGGUAAGGUCUGCAUCUUCCCCAAGGAGAAGAUGGAUCCUUCGUCCGCCCAUUCUGGACAAUCGCCGAGAUCCGUGGGUUUCUGCACCCCUGGUUCAACCAUCGCUGCCCCGUACGGCGGGGGUCUGAUCCUCAACAAGAGUGGGUUGGUCGGCGAUGCCGAGCAGAAUCUGGUUCUGAAGCAUGCCAGCAUCCGCACGUUUCUGGACCACUAUAUUCCGCGCACGUUGGGCAUCAACGUGCAGCCACUGAUCAGCGGUCUGGAACCCAACGCUCCUCUGAUGCGUGCGAUCACGCGGAUCGGCCGCUGGCUCGACAAACGGCGCCCACGGCAUCUGACGGAUGCGCAGAAGGCGACCGUGGAGCAGGAUCCGGAUCUGCAGGAAGCCAUCCAGAAGAGGGAUCGGGCCGAACAGCGUGCCGUGCAGACCAGCAGCCCCGAGGCAAUCGAGAAACUCGAGAGACUAAAGGACGAUGUGAAGAAGACAAGAAACCGUCUUCUCUACAGGUACAGGAAACAGGUCCGCGAGGAGUUUGACGACGAGCAAGCUGUAAUCGACAUUGAACGGCAGCUCUCCGGCAUGGCGUUGGGCAAUGAGGCAAAGGAGACGCUGGUGGAGGAACAGAUGCUCCUGGCGCAGAUCCAUCUCCUCUCAAAGCUCCUGACGUGGCCGACAUCCAGAUCAGUGGAAGAGGAACUGCGGCGUCGGGACGCUGGGGUCGAAGCCCUCCGGAUGUACUGCGGCGUCCUCGAGGGCGGGCCGCGCCGGGGAAGGAGACCCAAGGCCGCCCUCCACCCUCACCCCCGCUCCCGGCCACGCAAGCACUUGGCAACACUGAUGACAGGAGCAAGAUGCAUGAUGAGGUUUUGCCAGAGGGGUCGGGUGAUGCUCUCUGCACCGCCGAGGAGCAUAUCCGCGAUGCAGAGAAGCCUCGGGGGAGUUUUGAGUGUUAUACGCCCCCCGGGUCGUCGGAUCACCGGCGCAUUCAUCAAUACUCACGGCUUGCGGACCUGGGCCGCCAUUUCCGGGAUGAGCACCUCCAGCAUCUCAAGGACGGGGAGCCGGCGUGGUGCAGCUGGUGCCAGAUCCAACUGGAACACAAGAUGCAUGUGUGUGCAGAGCCAUGCGGAGCUGGUCCAUGACCCGUGGGCUGUUGUAUUCUGA